CACAACCAGACAGAGCACAAUAGAUCUACACACAGAAUGGCCAAAACCUUCCUACCAGCUCUACUGCUCUAUGGAUUGAGUUUGGUCUCUGUGUUGGUUUCUCAGUGUCAGACUAUGGUGGUCCGUACUGGGGAUACCAUCACCUUGCAGUGCUCCAAUGUUACAACGGCUGUGGGACACACAGCAUGGUUCAAGCAAGUCAAUGGAUCAGAGCCUGUGUGCAUCUCGUCUAUGUACGGCUUUAACUCAACACCUUAUCUCCACAAUAGUUUUCGAAGAAGCCAUUUUGAAAUGUUCAGCAACAACACCACUGUCUUUCUCACAAUCACAAAUGUGGAAAUAGCUGACUGUGGCCUGUAUUUCUGUGGAUUCUAUCCACAUAGCCACAUGUUCUUUGUCAACGCAACUGUUCUAAAAAUUCAAGGGCACAACGGAGGUGAGGAAAUACUAGAGUCAUCGACAAAAAGCACAGCCGAAGCAAAACCAAAACACUGUGAUGGAACUAUCAGUUUAGUAGGAGAGGAUGAUGAUGGAACGACGUACCUCCCUUCCCUGGUUGUGAUCCUGGCUGUUGUGACUGCGGUUCUACUGAUAGUAAUCCUCUUCCUGGUUCUCAAGAUCAGACGAGACACAAAAACACACAACACAGGUAUCGAGGCUCAACUGCAGCUACAAAAUAGCCAGGAUCCGGAUCAGGACCCAGAGUCUCUGAACUACUCAGAACUGAGUUUCCGUCAGAAGAGGUCCAGAAAUAAGAAGAGAGCUGAAGGUCAAAUGAUGGAGAUGGAGUCAAAUGUUGUUUAUGCUGCCACAAGAUAAUUGUCAAAUGUUUUAAUGUUGAUAUCAGUGUACUGUAGCACUGAUAAAGAACUCAUGUAAUACAUUGAAUAGUAGUAGUCAAAAAUCCCCUUGUGACGGCCAUCGUGAUUGAGUGCUGAGGUAGAGGGGCCAGUGAGGAACGCAUCACUUCCUGUGUUGUGAGUGACAGGAAGGAGCAGCUCAGUGUUGAGUGAGACCUGCUGAGGUGAACAUCACUGGGCAUAUCAUAGUCUUGACAGAAAGAUAGUGUAAUAUUAUUAUAAUAUUUUUUUUACUGAUAACCAACCUGCACCACAGGAAGACUGGCCUGGAGCUCUCUCUGUUUGUAUCUCUGUCUCUCUUUCUCUCUCUCUCUCUCUCUGUUUCUCUCUCUGUCUCUGCAUCUAACCACACAAUCUCUUAUCAGCAUUCAGGCCCCACAUCAAUUUCCAUUCCUACCGCUAGACUGAAAAUACCUGACCAAAACCAAACUACUCCAGGCUCCAGACCAGAGAGUUGUGCACAAUGUGUGAAGGGUACAAUGACAAACACUAUUAUACUUCAAAACAUUAUCUGCUGUUGUUAUCGUAAUUGUAUGGUUGAAUUUAUUUGAGUGCAUGAUGUACAAUGAUAUGAGUGGACAUCUGGGGUUUGGGACACCUGUACACCGCCACUGCCAAAAAAUACAAAUCUGCUGUUUAGUAAAAUAACCAUGCAUUUAGUGGGCUAUGUUCUAACAGUCCAUAACAUGUUAGUUUUUUUCAACUUCUUGAACACUUUUGUGCACUUGUAGGCAUACUUCAAUCAUAGUGCAUACAUGAUGUGUUUGCAUGCAUAGGGAACGUAUCCAUAAACAAUAGGCCUACUGCACUAAUGUUGUGUGCCGAGGCAGUUAUCAAUGCUCUCAGCCUGGUCUCAUACACUAGACGUAACAUAGUAAAUGUAAAUCAGGGAAGUUCUAAUUAGUAUGAUAUGUUACGUUUGGUAUGGUUACAUAAGACAGAAGGUUGUUGGUCGGGAUGGGUCGUUGGUCGGGAGGGAUGAUUAUCCAUUUAAUGUGAACCUCUAGCAACCCUUUUCCUUUCUAUUGAAUACUCUAUUGUCCGGUUGAAAUAUUAUCGAUUAUUUAGACAAUUGACAAGGAUGAAUUAUAAACAUCAUUUGACAUGUUUCAACGAACUUUACCAGUACUAUUAGGAUGUAUUCGUCUGCAUGCACCAACAAAACAGAGUAUUUGGGAUAUAAAUAGGGAGUUUAUCGAACAAAACAAACAUUUAUUGUGUAGCUGGGUCUCUUGUGACUGCAACCAGAUGAAGAUCUUCAAAGGUAAGUGAUUCACUUUAUCGCUAUUUCUGACUUUCGUGACUCCUCUACUUGGUUGGAAAAUGUUUGUAUGCUUUUGUAAGCGGGGCUCUGUCCUUAGCUAAUCGCAUGGUAUGCUUUCGCUGUAAAGCCUUUUGAAAUCUGACAAAGCGACUGGAUUAACAAGAAGUUAAUCUUUAAGCCGAUGUAUAACACAUGUAUUUUUAUGAAUGUUUAUUAUGACUAUUUCUGUAUUUUGAAUUUGGCGCUCUGCAAUUUCACCGGAUGUUGACGAGGUGGGUCGCUAGGGACACGCCUGAGCCAGAGAGGAUAUCAUACGAAAUGGAUGAUAGCCAUCCACAAAUUAAUACAUACCAUAUGAAACGUAACAUAUCAUACUAAUUGUAGUGUCCCAGAUUUACAUUUACUAUGUUACGUCUACCCCUGAGUCCAGGUUGAGGCUCUCUGCAAACUCUCAUCUGAUGCAUUCGCUGCACACACAACAUCCUCGACCUGUGGUCAGUGUCACCUUGCUGGUGUGAACAGGGAUGGAAAAAAAACACGUACAUCUCAUACAAAGGUCUUUGUGGUGAGAAGUUUCCACUGAACAACAAAACAUAAAUGUUUUUUUGG